AUGGCCGUCAAACCAUUCGCCGCAGCAACAGCGUGCGAGCAGGUCGACUCCCACACAUACCGAGCAGACUUCGCACCAGACUGGGUCAUUGGAACAGUCCCUCACGGAGGAUAUGUAACAGCAUGCUUCCUCACUGUUGUCCGGAAACACUUUGACACCACCCUGAAGAAGCAAAACCAACCGCACACCAUCGCCUCUCACCUGGACUUUCUCCGACGAACACAGACCGGCCCAGCGACUUUCAUCGUCAAGGAUGUCAAACUCGGCCGCCAGACCACUAUUGUGCACGUCACUUUGUCCCAGGAGGAUCGGGAGGAGGUCGUAGGCUAUUUCACGAACUCCAACAUCCGGACUGAAGCAGGCGUGACUUACUCCACGAACUGGCAACUCCAUCCCCAACCACUACCCGUUCCUGACUUCGCCGCUCUAGAAGCAGGCACAGAUCCAAAUUGGGGUGAGAGAAAAGAAUGGCCCUUUUCCGAGUUCAGGAAAGCCGCGAGCAAGAUCCGCAGCUGGUUUCCACGGCAAGGCCAGCACUCACCAGCGUGUCUGGAUAUCUGGUUUCAAUUCCGGGAUCCAGGAUCGCGGUUCACGAACGAGAGUCUCGGGUUCAUUCUCGACACGUUUCCGCAGAUUCUUGAGCAAUACACACUCGAUGGAUUGGAUCCGUAUAGCGUUGAUUUCGAGAAGCGGUAUUCGCAGGAGGAGCAGAAGAGGAUCAUGAACCACAAGGCGAGGAUGUGGUAUCCGACGUUACUCCUGAAUCUCGAGAUCAAGAAGGCGUUGCCGGAGGAGGGGGUAAAGUGGCUGUUCAUCCGAUUGCAGGCAAAGUCGAUCAAGAAUGGACGGUAUGAUCUCGAAGUCCUGGCCAUGGACCCGGAAGGCGAUUUGGUGGCCGUGAGCAACCAUGUCUGCUUCGCUGUGGGUUCGGAGAGGAACAUGGCAGCGAGGCGGAAAGUUGACGAAGGGGGGUCGAAGUUGUAG